CGUUGGCAGAGAAGGCUAUAAAGAUCAAGCAAAACUACAACUGUGAUUCCAUAGCAUUGAGGCAUAGAAGUUGAAGUGGGGUCAAACUGCAUUAAAACAACAGUGUAGAUGCAGCUUUAGUGGAAGAAAGGAAGGAUGAGAGAGACCAAACAUUCCGCAAAAGUUGUCCAAUUAAACAAUAAUUUGUGAAUGGGAUCUGGACCUCUGGGAGUAAGAGCUGUCAGUCUGCUUUAUCUCCAAAGACAAUGAAGACAUUGGAAAAGGACAAUCACCCCCAGCAACCAAUGAUCCAACCAGGGCAUCCGAAGAUAGCAUGGCAGAUCUGCAGCAUGAGAGCAGUGAUGAAAUGGUACUGGCAGAGCUAGCCAUGAUCACAGGUUUGGAAGAUGAAUCAGAAGCAGUUGAAAGUAUAACUUCUAUAUCUUCAGCUAAGUCGUACAAAGAGAGCCAAGAGGAGAUAACGGAUAGCAGCCCAGAGACUGGAUCAGAUGUUAUCUCUUCUGCAGGAAUGACGGCAUUAUUUCCCCGUCAAACCACUGAGACCCCAUCAAAAAGCACAGCAGGACCCAAGGCUCACCCAUCAAUAUUGGGCAGCAUUAGAAGAGAGCACCCUGCCAUUUCCUAUUUAAGUGGGGGGGCAUUGUAUCCUAUUGCUGCUGAUACACAUCAGGAACACUUGGAAGUGUCUGUUGCAGUGCAGACAGAGGCAAGCUGGCUGUAUGAACACGCCUUCAGGGAAAGUGUUACCACUCCAAAGAAAAAAAGAAAAUUUCCUCGUGAGAAUGAUAUCUAUACAGUCCUGUCCCAAGAUCUCAGCAGCUUAGACAUUUUGUGCGAUACAGAGUUUAAAGAAAACUUCUUAAAGCUUUUUCAAGAGUCACUGCGUACCCUGUCCAGUGUUGGGCCACCAACAAUCCUAGCCUACAGACCAGAAACCUCAAGAGAAGAUGUUUAUAUAGAGGUUGAAAAGGACUUUCAAUCAACUUGUGAGUUUUGUGGAAACCCACUGAAACACUAUCCUUCCUUUGAAAGUUUAGAAGAAAUAGCAAAACGUGCAUAUCUUUUCUGUUGCCAGGAGUGUAGAGAGCUUCAUGAGUUCAUUGUCAGUAUGAAGAAGCAGUACGCAAAGCCUGAAUACCAGCGAAUAGACAUAUCUCCCAAUCAGGAACGUGGCAGUGAAUCUGAGAGACGGCUAGCCAGGGAAAGAGCCCUGCAAAGGCUGAAAGAGAGACAAAUGGCAAAACAGUUGGCCCUCUUGGCAAAUGAGCAAGAUAAAGGCAUCGCUCCAGUACAUGGCCUUGAACACAAUAAACUACUUAAAACAAUUUCCUUCACCCUGUCCCAAGAGUCAGCCUGGACACGGAGGCCUAUCCAAUAUUCUGCUAAAAGAGAGAGCCAAGAUGUCAGCUAUAGUAUCUCUUACUGUGAUUUUACCUUGGCUGGUGGAAAGUUAGUGAAAAACCAAUUCUUACAACAAUACUACAAAAAUGGCGUGAAGUUUCUUACAAUGUUUCCAAAUGGCUCAGCUCAAAUCUUCUAUCCAUCUGGAAAUCUGGCAAUAAUGCUUAUACCAAAGAAGGAGAAUGCACCCUCCAUUUGUAUAGUUCAAGAAGACAAGUCUGAGAAUGCAGAAAUUCAAGCAGUAUUUGAUUCAAGUGGUAGAGGGACUUGCUAUCAUCCAAAUGGAAAUGUGUGGAUUAAUAUAACAAUUCGUGGAGGCCAUUAUUCAGACCAAGAUGGCAGCAAAGUGAAAGCCUGGAUCUGGCCAAAUAACUUGCAGAAGAAGAGUCCUAGAGCAUUGUUUAAACCAAUUUUUCUUGCCUUGAACCUGAAUGUUGGUGUGAGAAUACUAAUGCAAGAUAAAUUAGCCAUUUCUUUUCUUGCAAUGGGGAAGCAAGCAAAAAUCAGCAUCGGAACAAAAAUAGAGCUACUUCCUGGUCAUCAUCCGUGGCCAAAGUAUGUAUCUGAAGAUGAUUUGCUACUAUUUGCCAGCAGAAUAAAAAUUCUCCGUAUCUUUGCAAAACUGCAUGGAUGCUUAGAUUUUCCAACCAAUGACUGGGGGCCAAAAGUCCAACUCCCUUCAUACAUUUUGAAAUGGGCUGCAAGAUUAACAAAUCUCUGCAAAGACUGUGAAAUAAGCACAGCUCUGGACAAUUUAAUUGCAGAAAUAAUAAAUUCACCAGCGUGAUCAUCAUCAAAUUAUAUGAAGAUACUAGCUUCAUUGUUGUAAGGAGUAUCUAUAACUAUGUUGGAUUCUGUAUGAACAGAAGAUCAGAUUGAAAUAUUUAGUAAGCAUUUUGUGUAUCUUGGACACAAAACAUGAUAAACUAUCUGGUAUCUUCCUGAAAUAUCAAGAACAUACUCGGAAUGCCCUCAGAAGUCAAAGUGUUUCAGCAAAACAUCUUAAAGCCAAUAAAUGAAGGAGCCAAAUACGGGAAUGAGGAAAGAGCUUCAGUGUGUAGUCACGACUCAUUUAAGAUGGACAGGGCAUAAAAAUAACCUGAAGGAAUGUUAUAGCAUUACUUUAGCCAGUACAUCUCCUAGUUUUUUCCUCUUUAAAAAUGAUGUCUGUACUUAAAAAAUAAGAACAUAUAUCUAAGUAAUAUCCCCAUAUAGCUGAUGAUUGGUUGAAGGUGAGUUUAUUAGUUUGGCUUACGUUUAUUCAGUGAGACCACUCACCGGUUUCCUGCAGUAUCUGAUGUUCCUGCUAACUACCACAUGCAGAUAGUACACAUCUAGGAGCCGGCAAGUUACUUGACAAAACUAAUCUGAUGCAGGGAAGAGUAAGCAAGUGGCACUACACUACAACCAGCUAUACUUUUGAAAAUUGUUUUUUGGCAGCAAGUAAUGGUUUAUAAAAUCACCCACUAAUAUUAAUCAUUCCUCAUUAAUGGAGAGCCAUCCAAGGCAUAUAGUUUACAACUGAGAUUUUCCUCACAAAGCAAGUUUGUGUCAGGACCACCUUUCUGAACAUAUGCAGGCUUUUGAGCAUCAGAAAGCUCUUACUCUUAACCUGAGAAAAAGCUAGCUUUAAUCUGUCUUUCUCAACACAGGAAUGAGGAACUGUUGAUCUUCAGAUAUUUUAGACUACAAUUCCCACAAUUUCUUACCAUAGGUUAUGGUGGGCAGUGCUGAUGGGCCUUGUAGAACAAAGCACCUGGUCUCCACCCUUGUUUUAAGAAAAGGGACCUACCAAAGACAUACCUGAUUCAAUUGCUUGCUGAAGAAAAAGAGGACUUUAUCGAAGAAACUGAAGACAGACUUUACCGCUUUACACUGUGUCCAAGUCAUAUGUAAGAAAAUAUUCUGCUUUUGGCUGUUUAUCGACAGUUUCCAAAAAGUACAGCUGUUGUAAGACAAUAACUGUUUUUCCAGUUUUAAGCUAUUCAUUAUACCUUUACUAUUUAAAUCUUACUGAAUCCAUCUUUGUGUUCUUUGCAUCAAUGGCUGACCAGCCAGUAAGGCAGGAGAUAAAAUAUACAUCCAAAUAUUGGGUCACAAUUUUAUCUAUUCACCGAUUAUCAAAAUACAGGAACUAUCCACUUA